UUUCGCAAACUCUUUUAUUGUUAGAAGCGUGCUAGGUGGAAAAUAAUGGAGUUUGUGCAGAACGUUCAUGCUAUUUAUAAACGUUAUAAUCAGAAAAAGAAAAAGACAGAAAGGCAGAAAUAAUGUAGCCAUGUAAAGAGAAGAAAGAACUAUUCGAUUAUUUUGCAGAAACUUGUGGAAAAUCAGAAAUAAAUACGACAAAAAUCUCCGACUUAUCUGGAACUGGAGAAGGAAACGGGAAAAGAAUAAUGGAAGAUACUAGUAGAACGAGAAAGAAAAUAAACCAAAAGUUAGAAACAGGAAGGUUUUACGUAGAAGAUGAAUGAGAUAAAAAAGUAACAGCGACGAGAAAACCGAGUUUGCACAUAUUUAUCGCCAUCAACACUGCAAAGUAAAUAACUAUCAAUCCAGUUUAUCUGUGGCGAUGAUAAAUUCUUGUACGAAGGUUGUAGAGCCAGUAAGAUAUCGACCCCGGCUCUCUCGCAGUAAAUGGCGCGCCGAUUAGUCAAUUAAUCAAUUAUAAAAGUAUGACGUUAAUAUCCAUGAGUGAAAUCGCAGCCUCCCUCGCUUAUUUCGUUGCGCUCAGUGAUUAUACAGGAACAAGUCUAGUCAUCGUCACGACUGGCGAAGGCAACAAUGAACGGACCAGUUUAUGCGUCAUCCUGUCCCGCAUUGCAAUCGAAUCUCUCGCUGCACAGCUCAUCCUAUUAUAGUGAGUAUAGCGGCACUACGCGAAGACGAUUAUCUUCGACAGGAGAGGCGGACACUUCCGCCACAUCGAGUUACGAGGGUAGCGACAGCUCCGAAAACAGCGAUGAGUCGCGUCUCGAUCCCGUCAAUCAAAUGGAACGAGAACAACUCGAGACUUUCUUUCGCGGAUUAAAAUCGCAGGUAUUCGUCUGCGAGUCGCUGGCGAACUUAUAUCUCGGCAGCGCCUCUCAGACAGAGAGGUGGGAGCUUCGUUUCACCGGGAUACCCGUGGUGGUUCUCGAUCUUGGCGAGACACGGUCAAGAUCUAAGAGACGGAUUCAAAUCUUACUAGCAGAACGCGGUACUUGCUUCACUCUCUGGCGCGAGACUAUUGACAACCUCUCAUCAUACAAGGUAAGUCGUCUCGUAUAUCCACGGGAUUAAAGGAGUAUUUGAAUAUCUCCGACAAUUCUCGAAACGUGAAUCAUUGCAAAUGUAUCAUUACGUAAUAAGUUAGCGACAAUAAAUAAUCAAUAUUCGAUCUCUGUGCAACGGGAAAUUCGAGACACGAUAUUAACGAAAGAGCUUCUUGUGUUUAUAUUUCGUUCGAUAAAUUACGCUACGUUACAAAGCAGCUUGUAUUUCAAAAGCCUCGGAUAUUUAACACCGUUUCAAAUUUCUCACUCGUGUUCGCGACACGAGAUAAAAUAUGCGCGGUUAUUUUUAAGCC